AUGGAGGCUGGUUAUGGUACUCAGCAGCCUACACCGAGUAGAACUCCCACCUCUCUAGGUCGUGGUAAAACUCUCAGCAGGCCUGAAAGAUACCAAGCGACAGCUCCUAUGUUACCUGGUAAAAAAGAAGAAUCAUUUGAUUUAUGGGUUUUUUUUUCUAAAGUUGUUACCUUUUGGGCUCCCGGUGCACUUUUAUCAUAUACUGGCCUUUCUGAUAAACAAUCACAACAAGCGUGGCGAGAAAAAAUUGCUUUGUGCUUUAUUGCUCUAAUUAUGGGAUGGCAAUUUAACGUGUCAAAUGCAAAGACUACUGAUGAUAUUGAUUUACGAACUCUUGCGCUUUUACAUAAUGGACAAGAUGUGACAAAUAAAUUUAAGCGUGAUAAUGUUAUAAUACCAGAUUGUCAAGUUGUGUCAAUUCAAAAGUACGCGGCUGUCAAGCAAAAACUUUGUGAAGGAAAUGGUACUUGUCCUCUUGCGACAAUUAGUAACGAAACUUUUGAAAGUUUAAAUAUUUAUAAUACUUCUAAAAAAGUUGGUUACGAUUGGAGUCAAGUUUCUGGAUUAAAGAAUUAUAUAGUUAUCGAUGGUAACGUACUUAACCUUGAACCAUAUAUGAAUUCUACUCCUCCUCUACCCAAUGAUAGAAUGGAUAAAAUCAUUCGUACAGUUUUAAAUUCUAGUCAUGUUCAAGGUGGUAAAGAUGCAACUCGUUUAUUUUUUGCAAAGGAAGAUUUAAAAAAGAGUGUUAAUUGUCUUGUCAAAAAAUAUUACGCUGGAAAUAUUGACAAACAAACGAUUGGAUGCUUCACUUCACAAUUAUUUUUAUACGUCUCUUUAACCGUGAUAUUGGGAGUUGUUUUAGUUCGAUUUUUUAUGGCUUGUGUAUUUGAUUGGUUUAUUUCUCAUCGUCUCGCUCAUAAACCAAAAACCAAAAAAUCUGAUUAUGUUAAUUCAAAGAAUACACCUUGGAAAAAUGGUGGUAACAGAGGCACGAGUAUGGAUAAUAUUGGUAAUGAUUUGUUCACUGUCUUACUUGUCACAUGUUACUCUGAAGAUGAAGCUGGUAUAAGAUGUACUUGUGAAUCGAUGGCUGCCACUGAAUACCCCGAUGAUCGUAAAUUGUUAUUCCUUGUUUGUGAUGGUGAAAUUGUUGGUAGUGGUAACGAUAAAAGUACUCCUGAAAUAUGUGUAGGCCUUAUGGAUAUUGCUUCCGGAAUAAAACAACAUAAUAUGGCCAAAGUUCACGCUGGAUUUUUCAGAAAACCAAAACCUGGUAAUAGAGGAAAACGUGAUUCACAAUUAAUUUUGAUGAACUUCUUUAGUCGAGUCACGUACAAUGAUCGCAUGUGUGCUUUGGAUUAUGACUUGUUUAGAAAAAUUCAUUAUUUAAUGAAGGUCACUCCUGACUUUUUUGAAAUUGUAUUAAUGGUGGAUGCUGAUACUAAAGUUUAUCCUAAUUCUUUAAGACUUUUAAUUAAUUGUAUGUGCAAUGAUCAACUUAUUAUGGGUCUUUGUGGAGAAACCAAGAUUGCCAACAAACGUGAUUCGUGGGUGACAGCAAUUCAAGUUUUUGAAUAUUAUAUUUCCCAUCAUUUGGGUAAAGGAUUUGAAUCAGUAUUUGGUGGUGUAACAUGUUUACCCGGAUGUUUUUGUAUGUAUCGUCUUAAAGCACGUAAAGGAGAUGAUGAUUGGGUACCAAUUAUUACUAAACCAGAAAUUGUUCAAGAAUAUUCACAAAAUGUAGUGGUAACACUUCAUGAAAAAAAUUUAUUACUUCUGGGAGAAGAUCGAUUCUUAACAACUUUAAUGUUAAGAAAUUUCCCACAUCGUAAAAUGAUGUUUUGUCCACAAGCCGUUUGUAAAACAAUUGUACCAGAUACUUUCUUGGUUUUAUUAUCACAACGUCGUCGUUGGAUUAAUUCAACAAUUCAUAAUCUUAUGGAACUCGUUCUUGUUAGAAAUUUAUGUGGAACAUUUUGUUUUUCUAUGCAAUUUGUAAUAUUUUUGGAAUUAAUUGGUACAGUAGUACUUCCGGUUGCUAUAGCAUUAACAUAUUCAUUAAUUGUUAAAUCCGUUUUACAACCACCAAAAAAUUUCGCGGAAGCAAUUCCAUUAAUGAUGUUGGGAUUUGUUCUUGGAUUACCAGGGGUAUUAAUUCUUAUAACCACACGAAAAUUAGUAUAUUUAGCAUGGUUAGUUAUAUAUCUUUUUGCAUUACCGAUAUGGAAUUUUGUAUUACCAACAUAUGCAUAUUGGCAUUUUGAUGAUUUUUCAUGGGGGGAAACAAGAAAAGUCGAAGGUGAAGCUAAAGGAGAUGAUCACGGUAAAAAAGAAGGAACAUUUGAUGCAUCUAAAGUUCCAUUAAAAAGAUGGGAAGAUUGGGAAAGAAUGAGAAUAAAAAGAAUUAAGAGACAAGAAAGACAAAGAGCAGCAUUGGAAGCAACCAACGGACCAACACAUUUAACACAUCAACCUAUGGAAGAUGAUUCCCGAUCAUCAUUAUUGUUAUCACAAGCACAACAUCAAUAUGAUGGAGAAUAUUAUGAAUCAUCAAUUCAUUCAGAAGAACUUGGACCACAACAACAAUAUUAUGACUAUUCAGGGCGGAUUUAG